AUGAAAUACACUAAAUUAAUUGCUAUCAUUUUCGUAAUGGCUAAAGUACUAUGCGAUGAGGGUCCAAUACUUAAAUCUAAAUUGUUACUUCAACCGGGAGAGUUUCAAGAGAGUGAAACGACAAAGACGCUGAAAGCAUUCAGGUAUAUGGACUUAAAAAACCUCAGGUAUACUAUAAAUGAUAACACAAUGAAUGUGCUACCUGGAAAGAAGGAUUUGAAAUCCGAUGUUACAAUCAAAGAGUCCAAAAAUAGCAAAGAGGAAGAGGAAGACGACUUCGAUACGUGCGAUGAUAUCGACAAUACGGAAGUAGAUACAGAUGAAUUUACAGAGAGUGUUCCAUUGUCAACUACCAUUAUAUCCAAGAAGUCUUACGUUGACCAGUUUUUCAUUUUCCUUAAGAAUGAAAACAAUUCUGUCUCUGCUGCUGAGAACAAAGGGAUAGUAAACAAAUAUAUUGAUCCCAAAUCGACCGAAGGGAUGCUAAAAUCUAAAAUAAAGAGUUAUGGCAACCUUAUUUCUAACGACAAGGAUUUGAAACAGUACACGGAAUUACUCGUCAAGGAGAACAGUGACGAGGACCCAAAGUAUGACGAUAUUACCUAUAAGAAGUAUGGCCCUAACAGAUCUUUAUCUCAAAAUUCCAAAUUGUACAAAGCAAGUAACCUUUCAGAUAUUGAUAUUGACAAAUUUUGUUCUUACUUACGUCUGCAAGGAUUCUCUGAUACUGAAUUGGGGUUUUUAUUUAAGCAAAAUUUGAACUAUGGAUUUGACGAAAUCGAAAGUGAAUUGAAAAAGAUUGAAGAAGAGAGAUCGAAAAAGGCGCCAACUACAAUAAUUCAAAUCGGGGGAGAAGAGGGUAUCGCAAACAAUGCAAAUGGUAAACCAACGGCUAAGUUGCAUUACAUACUUAUUCUGUUAUAUAUCAUAUCGUUCGUACAUUAUAAAUUUUAA